AUGUCUGAAGAUGAAGAGGUGCUCCUUAAUAAAAAGGAGAUGGAAAAAGCUCUGCAAAAACAAAUAGAAAGUGAUGCCAAACAAAGUUAUAUCCAAAAACUUGAGUCUGCAAAGAUCUUACUGCAAGAGAUCCACCAUAGUUUAGCAAAUGCUAAGAUCCUUGAAGCUCUAGAUAUGCAUCUGGAGGGCCUCUCAGCUAUCCAAGACAAAUUGCAAAAUCCGGAAGCUAAAGGAUCCCUGCUUUCCAAAGACAAUCAACUUCAAAAACUCCAGAAAGAGGUUAACGCUAUUAAUCAAAAACUUGAUAAAAUAGCCCUAGCCUCUUCUCAACCAAAGCAAAACCAGUAA